AUGUCGACUUCAGAUGAAGCCUUGUUUUGUUUUGUGCUUGUUUCUAGGCUGCGAGAAAAGACGCUGGCAAAAAGGAUCAUGGCGCGGUCAUCAUGGCAGGAUCCAGAGCCCGCCUGCUUUUGCAUAUCCUCCACCUCUCCCCAUCUUCAUGUCGCUGACACGUCUUCCUCUUCCUUCACUCGUGAAGUAUCUUGUUCUCACCCCAUCGUCACUGAUACCUUGACAUCCAGUUCCAAAUUCAGCUCUAGCUUCCCACUUCUCCAGGUUCCUUGUGCCCAGCAGAUUGGCGUCCAGGAUCAGCGUCACCAUCUCUCCUUUACGCCUUGUCCGUACCCGCUCUCGCACCCGCCGCACACUCGCCCUCUCCAUUGUUGUCGUUGUGCUGGUCCACCUGUUCGGAGGAAGACUGGACAGGGGGCACAUGGACCGGAACCCUCGUCCGCUCCUGGUAUAUUUAACAUCCCGGUCGUUCUUUGCCGGUGGUGGCGCCUCGUUGCUCUGGCCAUCGCAGCUAAUACUUAUAUCCUCCUCCUCCACUCUCGCUCUUCCGACUUGAGAAGAGAAGGAGAAACACCAAAAAGUUUCGGCUCAUUACUUGCCUCUAUACACUUAAUAAUCAUCAAUAUGGUCGCCAACCUCGGCAGUUUGGCUGCCCGCGCAGUCUUCCUCAUGUCUACUCGCCCCAUCACCCAAAGGGCAGACGCUGCGACUUACACCACCAAUGCCAUCGCCGCCAUCAACACCCUCCAGAACACAUGGUACAACAUCGGAACCGGUCUCUGGGACGAAGCUUGGUGGAACAGCGCCAACGUCUUCACAACCCUUGCCGAGUUUGGAGACCUGAACCGCGACGCUGCCAACCAGCUCAACAUCGGUGGCAUUCUGAAGAACACUUUUGACCAGGCCCAGAAGACCACGGCAUCGGUCUCCAAGUCUAUGAACGCUGCCGGCCUUGUCACGUCUUCCUACGCCAUCUUCAAACGCGACGUCCCCAUGAUCAAGGGCCGCCAGUUCAGCGCUCAGGGCUUUCCAAACUUCAUCAACGAGUUUUACGACGAUGAGGGCUGGUGGGCGCUCGGCCUCAUCCGCGCGUACGACAUUACUGGCGACAAUGAGUACUUCGACAUGGCCGUGCGCAUUUUCGCCGAUAUGAAGACCGGCGGCAACACCAACUGCAACGGCGGUAUUUACUGGAAUAAGGAUCGCAAGUAUGUCAACGCUAUUGCCAACGAGCUCUACCUCGCUGUCGCUGCCUCGCUGGCCAACCGAGACCCCAGCAACAAGGACUACCUGAACAUUGCUACGUCUCAGUGGUCGUGGUUCAAGGCCAGCGGCAUGAUUAACAAAGACGGAACCAUUAACGAUGGCCUUGACGGCGAUUGCAAGAACAACGGCGCCAACGUGUGGUCUUACAACCAGGGCGUCGUCCUUGGCGGCCUCGUCGAGCUCAGCCGUGCUACGGGCGAUACGUCGGUUCUCACAGAUGCUGCCAACAUCGCCAAGGCUGCCAUCAAGGCGCUCAGCGAUGACAACGGGGUCCUGCAUGACACCUGCGAGCCCAGCUGCGGUUCCGACGGUAACCAGUUCAAGGGCAUCUUCGUGCGCAACCUGCGAUACCUGCACGCGGUCGCGCCCCAGAGCGAAUUCAAAAACUUCCUCAUCAAGAACGCCGACAGCAACUGGUCCAAGAACCGCGACAGCCAAGGCAAGCUUGGCGUUGUUUGGUCGGGCCCCGUCCAAGGCGUCUCCGGCCCGAGCCACAGUUCUGCUUUGGAUUCCAUCGUUGCCGCCAUUGCCGUCGCGUAA